AUGGCCAGCCCCAUCCCUCACGUCUCCAACUGGGUGAACGGCGCCUACGCCGCGCCAACACCACAACGCAUCACCGUCAUCAACCCCGCAACCGAAUCCCCCAUCGCCACGAUCGACGCAACCCCCCGCGAAACCGUCGACCGCAUCGUCGCCGAGGCCCACGCUGCCUUCCAGGCCGGCACAUGGGCGCACGCUGACGCCUCAACACGGUCGGCAGUCCUCACCAAAGCAGCGGGGCUCCUCCGCGCGCGCAUCGCCGACUUCGUCGCGCUGGAGACCGUACAAACCGGGCGGCCAAUCCGCGAGAUGCGCACGCAGCUGGCGCGCGUGCCGGAAUGGCUGGAGUACUUUGCAGGCGUGGCGCGCACGCACGAGGGCCGCGUGCCGCCGUUCAAGGGGCCCGUGGUGAACACGCUGACGCGGCAGCCGCUGGGGGUGGUGGCGCAGAUCACGCCGUACAACCACCCGCUGCUGAUCGCGGUGAAGAAGCUGGCGCCGGCGCUGGCGGCGGGCAACACGGUGACGUACCAGGCGAUUGCGCCGAUCGCCGCGGCCAACAUGGUGCCCGUGACGGCGGAGCUGGGCGGCAAGGCGCCCGUGUGUCUGUUCCCGAGUCUGGAGAUCGAUCUGGCGGUCAAGGCGGCGCUGUUCGCGGCCUUCAUUGCCAGCGGGCAGACCUGCGUCACGGGCAGCCGGCUGCUGGUGCAUGCGGACAUGUACGAGGCGUUCCGGGAGGCGCUGGAGCGGCGCGUGCGGGCGCUGCGGAUCGGCGAUCCGACGGACGAGCGCACGCAGAUCGGGGCGGUGAUCUCGCGCGCGGCGGUGGAGCGCUGCGCGGCGUUCGUGGCGCGUGCGGUGCAGGACGGCGGACGGUUGGUGUGUGGCGGGCGGACGACGACGAAUGCCGCCGGACGGGGGUUCUUCUUUGAGCCGACAAUCGUGGAGACGCGCGCGGAUGCGGAGCUGGCCUGCAGCGAGGUAUUUGGGCCGGUGAUUGCGCUGGUAAAGUGUGCGUCGGAGGAGGAGAUUGUGGCGAUUGCGAAUGGGACGUCGUAUGCGCUGGGGGCGUCGGUGUGGACUAACGAUUUCGCCCAGGCGCAUCGGGUGGCCGCGCGCAUUGAGGCGGGCAUUGUGUGGGUGAAUGGGCAUCACCUGAAUGAUCCGUCGUCGCCGUGGGGUGGCUUCAAGGAGAGCGGUGUGGGAAAGGAGAAUGGCCUCGAGGCGUAUGAGAGCUACACGAAGGUCAAGAGUACGGUGUUUAACUAUGGCGUUGCGCCGGUGUGGUUUGAUGACGAGCCGACGAAUGCGCGGUAUGGUUGA